ACAAGUAAAACAAAAUCUACUCUUCACUCUCUUAUCAGAGAACUAUGGCAAACUCCAGAAACAAAAAAUUUCACACUAAAAUCAUCCUGCUAUCUCUCAUUUUGCUAUUGUUCCCUCUAGUUGCUACCUCAUACGACCCUAUUUACAAUUUAGCCAUCAAUUGUGGCUCCUCAUCAGACACUACCUUCGACAAACGAAUAUGGGUUGGUGAUAAUAAUGAUAACACAAAACUCUUUUCCUUCAAUGAACCAAAAACCACAAACACAUCUCUUACAAUACCACCUAACACCCUCUCAAAUAUCCAAAUUCCAUUCACAACCGCACGUGUCUCUCUCUCAAAUUUCACAUACUCUUUUCCUAGCAUCACUACUUCCCCUGUUUUUCUUCGCCUUCAUUUUUACCCGACUUCGUACCGAAACUUUGAACCUUCUAAUUCCCUUUCAAAUGCACUUUUCUCUGUUAAAGUAAACAACAACGUUACCCUUCUUAAAAACUUCAACCCUUCUCUUUGGUUCUAUCAUGAUGACGAAAAAAUCACCAAAGAAUAUUGCAUUCAAACCAAACCAAAUGAGAAGUUAAACAUAACUUUCAUUCCCAGCAACAUAAACCAGUCAAAUCCUUAUUAUGCUUUCAUUAACGGAAUAGAAGUUGUGUCAAUGCCUUCUUUUCUCUAUUACACAAACCUCAGUGACCCAAAAUAUCAUUUGAUAUCACUUGACUUAGACAACAGGGACUACCAAGUUCUUAACGACAAAGCGUUAGAGACGGUUUAUAGAGUCAAUGUGGGUGGCAAUCAAGUUCCACCAAACCAAGAUACUGGUAUGUUUCGUAACUGGGACAAUGAUUUUCCUCGUUACUUGGAGAAACAAUAUCCACAAAGCAUAUCAAGUGAUUUUAAACAUCAUCUUAACUAUGAAAACAACACCAUUCAAAAUUACACUGCACCAGAAGCUGUGUACUUAACUGCAAGAAGUCGUGGAUUGGAUGAGACAGAGGAUUUCAAUGUAACUUGGAAUUUCGAAGUUGAUGUUGGUUUUACUUAUAUGGUAAGGUUGCAUUUUUGUGAGUUUGAUCAGCAUAUCAAAAAUAUAGGUGAUAGAGUCUUUCAAAUAUUCAUAGCUAAUACUUUGGCGGAGAUAAACGCUGAUGUGAUUUCUUGGAGUACUACUCCUAUGGUUCCUGUUCAUAAAGAUUAUGCUGUGUCUAUGCACUCUCAAGAAGGAAGCUCUCAAAUUGAAAGACUUAAUCUUUCAAUCAAGCUACAACGAGCACCAGGACGUAUCUUCACAAGAUACGGUGAUGUCACAUUGAAUGGCAUCGAGAUUUUGAAAAUAAAUGAUAAAAAUGAUAAUCUCUUUGGAUCAAAUCCAAAACUUAAUAUAUCUUCCAAGGAAAAUGUUUUACCAACUAAACAACAGAAGAAAUCAACAACAGUUAUCCUUGUUGUUGUAGUUUCAUGUCUCUUGCUAGCAUUUGUUGUUGUGGGAAUCAUAGUUUAUGCUAGAAGGAGAAGAAGACUUGAAUCUCAUAUUGAAAUGGAAGAAAGUUCAUGGAGGACAAGAAAAGAAGGUUCGUCAACUUUACCAUCCCAUUUGUGCCGCUAUUUUACAAUAGCGGAGAUAAGAGCCGCUACAAACAACUUCGAAGAUAUUUUUAUCAUUGGAGUUGGAGGGUUUGGUAACGUGUUCAAAGGUUACAUCGAUGAAGGUACACCUGUAGCAAUAAAACGUUUGAAACCGGGUUCUCAACAAGGUGUAAACGAGUUCAUGAAUGAAAUCGAGUUGCUCUCUCAACUUCGUCACAUUCACUUGGUUUCUCUCAUUGGAUAUUGCAACGAAGGUGCAGAGAUGAUUCUCGUUUACGACUUCAUGGAACGUGGCACUCUUCGUGAAUAUCUCUAUGGUUCGGAUAACGAACCUCUUACUUGGAAGAAGAGACUCGAGAUUCUAUUGGGGGCAGCAAGAGGCCUACAUUAUCUUCAUGCAGGUGCGAAGCACAAUAUCAUACACCGUGAUGUGAAGAGUACCAACAUAUUGUUAGAUGAUAAAUGGGUGGCUAAGGUUUCUGAUUUCGGGUUAUCAAAAGUGGGACCAACAGGAAUGUCGAUGACCCACGUCAGCACUAAGGUGAAGGGUAGUCUCGGGUAUUUAGAUCCCGAAUACUACCUUCGUCAAAGGUUGACCCUAAAGUCCGACGUGUACUCUUUUGGUGUUGUGCUUCUUGAGGUAUUGUGUGCGAGACCACCUUUGGUUCGUUCUUUGGAAAAGAAAAAAGCGAGUUUAGUCUUUUGGUUCCAAAGAUGUUACAAUGAAGGUGUGAUCAUCGAAGAGAUGGUGGACCCGUUCAUAAAGGAUUCUAUAACGGCUGAAUGUCUAAAAAGUUAUUGCCAAAUGGUGUUGAGUUGUUUGCAUGAUGAUGGAAAUCAACGGAUGUCGAUGAGUGAUGUUGUUGGAGCUUUAGAGUUUGCAUUGCAGUUGGAGAUAAGUGAGGAGGAUACUAAGUUUGGUUGGAAUAAUGAAAAGGAAAAAAGUGAGAAAAGACAACAAGUGUCGCAGUUUAUAAGUGAAGAUGGAAGUGAUAUUCGUUUCACUAGUAGCAGUGAUGAUUAUGAGACUCAAACAAGCAAAGUAAGCACCAAUUCAGCCAGCACUGAAGAUCAACCUUUGUUUUCUGCAACGGUGUUUUCUGAGAUUGGGAAUCCAAGAGCACGAUAGAUAAUUCUCACUCAUUCUAAAAUUUCCAAAUGUAUAUUUUAUUAAAAAAUAUAUAUAAUAGGCAAAAUAAUAUUGUGUGUGAUCACCAAAAAAAACAUAUAGUAUGUAAUUGUAUCAUUUGAAAUUGGUUGUUACAUAUGAUAAUGUCUAAAUAUAUGUUAUAAGAAGUGAAAAUCAUACUUUACAAACCAA